GUCUUCCUUAUUGCGAAUAUUAUUUCUUGGAUGCAAAAGGAUUAACUUUAAUAGAAAAUCAUAAUUUCGAAUAUUGCUCGUUUAUUCAUCAAUUCAAAAACCUGGUCAACAAUCAAAAAUAUCGAAUUGAUCCCGCUCAUCUUGACAAAAUAAAGUAUAGGAAACAUGGACAAAAUCGAAGACAAAGGAUUCUCGCGAUGAAACCAGAUGCCGAAGGAAGAUCAUACUUGGGAUUAUCUAUGUUGAUUCUUUUUUGCAAUGUUGAAAAAUACUUGAUUGAAAAGUACAUAAUUCAGAGUGAGGAAUCUCGCGAUGCGACCAGAUACCGAAAGGAGGAAGAGAUCAUACUUGGGCUUAUCUAG